GGAAGUUUAUUUCCGGACGGAGGGAGUAACACUCAACUUAUUUUGAGACGAAAAAAAGGAAGCUUAAAAACAAGGUGCCGCGGACCGCGGAAAAACGGAAACAAGGAAAAACGGAACCGCGGACCGCCAGCUGCCGGCGAUAUGGAAGACAUGGUGCGGGAGAACGACGGCGUGACGGCGGGGGAUCCGGCGGGCGUGCAAGAAAUGACGACCGUUUCCUUCCACCACUUCGCAAGCUCAGACAAAGCCGAAGAUGGGUUCUCCGUCACCAUUAUUGAGAACAUGAAAGAAGAGUACGGUCUGUUUGUGUGGCCCUGCAGUGUUAUUCUGGCGGAGUACGUUUGGCAACAAAGGUCGCGCUUUUCCGGCGCCGCCGUGGUGGAGCUGGGUGCAGGAACAUCGUUGCCUGGAUUAGUUGCUGCAAAAGUUGGGGCAGAUGUCACCCUAACAGACGAUUCAAGCAGACCUGAGGUCCUAGCUAAUAUGCGAAGGCAAUGUGGCUUAAAUAAUCUUGAAUGUAAGGUGAUGGGUCUUACGUGGGGACACUGGGACUCAAAUGUCUUUGAUCUACACCCAGAUAUCAUCCUUGGAGCUGAUGUUCUGUAUGACUCAAAUGGUAUAUUUAAGCAUUCUGUUUUAAGGAAAUCAUGUGUCCCCUCCAUUUGCUUUCUUGUUGAGCCCACCAACUGAAGAUGAGAAUUUGAUGUCGUUCGUCAAGCUUUCGAUGAUCUCUUUGCGACUGUGGCAUUUUUGCUCGAGAAUUCUCCCUCGUCUGUUUUUAUCACUACGUAUCACAACAGAAGUGGGCAUCACCUGAUUGAGUUCUUGAUGGUGAAGUGGGGACUGAAGUGUGUGAAGCUUCUUGAUGGAUUCUCAUUCAUGCCACCACAUAAAGCCUCUGGUUUGAG